AAUAUAUUUUCUUUAAUUAAAUCUUCUUUAAUUGAUUUGGUGAUCAAAAGUCUUAUUUUUUGGUGAUUAUUUCACUGCUAAUAAAUUUGGUGAUCAAAAGUCACUUUUUUGGUGAUCAAAAAAAUUGAUACCCUUUUAUUCAUUUUUAUUCUAUCAAUUAGUUUUUAUUUAUUCUUAUAUGAACACAUCAAAGGAAACGUGAACUAUGCCAAUCAAUAUGAUCGACGUAAAUCUGUAGCAAUUGAUGCAAAAGAUGAUCAAUUAGCGUUAGCCUAUUUUGAAUUAAAUGGUAAUGAAAAUGCAUUAAAGUAUUAUGAAAAAUAUAUUAAAGUACAAAAGAAAUUAUUCGCUGAUGCAAAAAUCGAUAGUCAACUAUGCCAAUAG